GUGGUGAUUAGGUUGUCUUUGCCAAAAAAAUAUGUUUUAUAAAUGGUCCUAGAUCAUUUUGACACCUGUGCUUCUAGUAUUUGAUUUAUGAAGUUAUUAGCUGUGUUGUGUAUUGUUGGCAAUGUGAGAAAACAGUGUUAAAUGGUAUAAUUAACGAUGUUAACUUUGGUUAUGACGUUUACUACGUUUCUCGCAUGUGUGCGUGUGUAUUCAUCGUGACAGCAUUGCCGUUGAUUGUUGAAGCGAAUCUUGUAACGGGAGAUUUGUUAGGAAGCUUGUUUGGAAUUAUAAAUACAACGAACGGUAAGCCGUGAAAAAGAUCAGACGAAACAAGAUGGCGGGUGAGAUUGCGCGCCAAAACACGCGCGCGAGGCGCCAUCUGUCACCGCGCGAUAACUGUUUCCGCACUUUAAAUUGUUUGGACCGUUCGAAAUAGUUCUCACAUGUGAUAGGAUAGUGACGUUUUAGUUGUGUUUCUCGUGAUGUGAUAGUGUUUUAGUGAGUUUUGUGUUGUUGUGACGAUGUCGGAAGAGAGGUCGCGGCGACUGUCGCAGAUCUUCGAUCCACUGUCGAGGUUCACUGACCACAGUGGAGCGGGGCAAUCUGCAAGUACUCCGAACAGCCCGCGGCUUUUGCCCAGGCGUUCGAGGGAUCCACCGCCACCACCGCCUAGGCCUUUUGCCCAUUCCUCUCGCCUGGAUCCCUUAGAAUAUGAACUUGCGGCAGCGGACCUAGCGUCCGUUAACUGGCAGGAGAGGUGCUUGGAGUUGCAACUGGAGUUGCACAGGAGUCGACAUCAGGCCACCAGGGUACGGGACAUGCUGAGAGAUAAGCUUUCGGAGCUCGAGCAACGAGUUCUGGAAGCCGAAGGACGAGCGGAGGAGGCGGAAGAUAAGGUCCGCGCCAUGGAGCAGCGGUUGUGCGAGUGGCCGGCUGGCGCUGAAGGGGCGCCGAAGGCCAUCACGCGACUUGAAGGCCAAAUUGAAGAACAGAAGCAGCUGCGACUCCAAGACGCGAAACAAGUUGAGGCAAAGGCCGCACGAAUCAAGGAGUGGGUGACUAACAAGCUUAAGGAACUAGAGCAACAAAACCAAUUGCUGAGGGAACAGAACGACCGCUGUAACCAGCAGCUGGAGUUACUUAGGAAUCACAUUGCUACACAGGGAAGCAGAAACUGUGCUCAGUUUCUACCUUCUCGGGGAAGUCUGUCUUUAGAAGUAAGGACAGAAGACGGCACCCGUGCCUCAUCAAGCCUUUUGGCUAAUAACCGUCGACGCUCUGAGAGCCUAGAGGGUCCACAGGAAGUUACACUGAAAAAAUAUGCAGACUUAAAAAGGAUAAAGCUGCCAAUUACAUCAUCAGAACCCCAUUACAGUACACCGGUGAGGCACAGGCGAAAUCUAUCAAUUGGAACGACCAAUUUAACUCAAACAACUGCCAAUAGUCAAUUGAACACAAUGAAUCGAACCAUGGAUGAGAGGACCACUGCCAGUUUGCUAGCUGAUGACCUUGCGGCUGCAGUAGAAAAUUUAGUGGUGCUACCAACCACACCAAACACUUCAACAGAUGGUGAUACCACACACGACUAUGCUGAAAUAUAUACACCAAGCAGAGAGCGCACCCCGGCGUGGCAGGGCGUGCACGUGGUGGUGCAGGGCACGAGUCGCGGCGGCUCGUCCACGGGCGACAGCUGCGUGUCCGACCAGCCGCGCCCGCCCACGCCGCCGCUGCAUCGCUUCCCCAGCUGGGAGGCCAAGAUAUACCAGGUGGCUGACGAUGGUCUCCAGCAGUCCGUCGAAGAAGAGUUGAGUCCCCCGCCGUGCCAGCGGACGAUGCACGAAUCCACCAGUUAUCAGGACAUCUCGGUGCCAGUAUAUGCUACUGUUAAAGGGCGCGCGAGUCAAAUACGAUCGAUGCCUUUCACGGGCGAUUCAUCAGACGAUUCAUCAGAUGGUGAAGAAUCAAUGGGCGUGACAGUUCACAAUACACCACACCACAAUCCUCUAUAUGGUCAACCAUCCCAAAUGCCAAUGACGAUAAACAACAUAAACUUGACCAGUAUCCUGCCCGCCUCCAUACAACAAACUGCUGGUCCUCAUGCCCUCGUUCUUAACAACACGAAUGGACAAUGCAGCUCAUCUGAUACCAGUCUAAGCGCUAGCAGCCCUUCGAAAAGUGUGAAGACCAGUUCGAGCUUAAGCCCAGCUAAGAGGUCCAGCAGUGGGUCGCCGAGUAAACAGAGUAAAACUAGAGACACGUCGUUCGAGUCGGGCGUGUCGGACGACUACGCCGUCCCGCCCGACGCGGGCGCCGCCGACGCCGCGCGGGACUCGCCGCGCCGCCACGACGCGCUCGAGAAGAGCGGACACCUCGCCAAGCUGGGCGGGAAGCUCAAGACCUGGCGGAAGAGAUGGUUCGUUCUCAAGAACGGUACACUAUCGUACUGGAAGUCCCAGUCGGAGGUGUCCCGGAAGCCCCAGGGUCAGAUCGGGCUGGGCGAGGCGUGCAAGAUCUCUCGCAACGAGGGCGCCGCCACCUUUGAGAUCUUCACGGGCAGCCGCACCUACUACCUCACGGCGGACAGCAUCGCCACCAUGGAGGAUUGGAUACGAGUCUUACAAAAUGUCCAAAGGCGAAACGCAACGAAACUCCUAUUGAGUAAAGAAGACAACAAACCUACUAUACAAGGUUGGCUCACCAAGGUGAAGAACGGACACGCCAAGAAGAGCUGGUGCGUUUUACUGGGAAAGAUGUUCCUGUACUUCAAGAGCCCAGGAGAUCAGAACCCGACGGGGCAGAUCAACAUGCGGGACGCGCGCGUGGAGGACGUGGAGCACGUGUCGGACUCCGACUCGGAGGAGAAGGCGGACGACGCGCGCAACCUCACCGUCGCCAUCUACCCGCAGCACCAGCUCACCGGGGGCCCCACUUACCUGUUGUUCGAGAGCAAAGCGGACAAAGACUCGUGGCUCUAUCACUUGACGGUGGUGAGCGGCGGUGGACUCAGUCAGGGGACGCACUUCGAGCAACUCGUGCAAAAACUCAUGGAAACUGAUGGCGACCCGAAUUGUGUUUUGUGGAGACAUCCCACGUUAUUGUAUUCAAAGGAAAACAUAACAUCACCACUCACCUCUCUAAAUUCAGAAGCAUUACAAGCGGAAGCGUUAAAAUUAUUUAAAUGCGUGCAGCUGUUCAUGUCGGUGGCGGUGGAGCACGCCGGCAUCGACUACCACGUGGUGCUGGCGCAGAACGCGCUGCAGCAGUGCCUGGAGGUGGGCGAGCUGCAGGACGAGCUGGUGUCGGCGCUGUGCAAGCAGAGCACGCCGCACGCGGCCUCCAAGCACGGCGUGCAGCAACUGCUACUGUGCGCGACCCAGUCGUUGUUCACUUGCGACACGGGUGCGUCCUCAGUGGGCGGCGACAACAAGAGCGACCUCCCGCAGAACUCUGCCGGAUCGCCUAGCUCGAUACAGGCACCUUUACUGUCAGUGGAUUGUAAGAGCAACCCGCCCACGUAUAGUUUUGUUCAAGGCUGGCAAUUGUUAGCGCUUGCCGUCAGUUUGUUUGUACCAAGGAACAAUAGAUUGUUGUGGUACUUGAAGCUGCAUCUUAGCAGGCACGCCGACACCAAAACGGAAUGUGGUAAAUACGCGGCAUAUUGUUCGCGCGCUUUGGAACGAACGCUUCGGAACGGUGGACGAACGGACAGACCCUCGAGAAUGGAAGUGCUAUCUAUAUUGCUAAAGAAUCCCUACCACCACUGCCUCCCACACGCAAUACCGGUGCAUGUACUCAAUAAUACCUACCAGGUGGUAAGUUUCGACGGAUCGACGACGGUUGAAGAGUUCCUGACGACAUUGAGUACAGAACUUGGAUGCAGGGAACCGGCUGCGUCAGGUUUUGCUCUCUUCAGUGAUGACCCGAUAGAGAAGGACUUGGAACAUCAUAUCAAACCUGACAAAAAGCUAUGCGACGUUAUAUCGAAGUGGGAAACGGCUUUGCGAGAGAAAGGUUCAGGAAAGUUCGAGAACUCUAGAGUAAUAAGACUAACGUAUAGAAAUCGCUUGUACUUCAAGAACUCUGUGCGAACGGAAACCGACAAGGAGAGGUUACUACUGUGCUAUCAAGUUAAUCAACAAGUGGUGGCGGGCCGCUUCCCCGUGACGCGCGAGCUGGCGGCCGAGCUGGGCGCGCUGAUGGCGCAGCUGGACAUGGGCGACUACUGCGCCUCCAACACCACGCACAACCAGCCGCUCGCGCACCGGUUCUACCCCUACCGGUACCGCGCCGGCCUCGGCAACGACGAGCUCAGAGACGUCGAAGAGAAACUACGAUCGAAGUGGAUUGCACUCAAGGGUCGCAGUACGGCGGAUUGCGUUCGAAUUUAUCUCAAUUGUACGAGGAAAUGGCCAUUUUUCGGUGCUACGUUGUUCCAAGCUAGGAUAAAACAGCCGGAUUUAUCCAUGGUGUGGCUCGCUGUAUCGGAGGAAGGAGUAACGGUAUUAGAAUUAGCGUCCAUGGCAGUCAUAGGAAGAUAUGCGCUCAAUUCGAUUGGACUGUUUGGCGGACUGCAGGACGACCUAAUGAUGUUAAUCGACGCGGAGGACUCCAGUCCAGUUCAUAAGAUGCUGAUCAGUCUCAAUAAGCCAAAGAUGGCGGAGCUGACGCACCUGAUCGCGGACUACAAGAACGCGUCGCUGCGCGGCGGGCCGGGCACGCCGCAGCUGAGCUCGCUCACGCGCAACGGCUCGCACCGCUCGGCGCGCCGCACGCCGUCCACGCUGCCGCCCGCCGAGCGCCGCGCCACGCUCGCGUCGCACGCCAGCCUCGGCCUCGCCGCGCCCGACCUGCUGCGCGCCACGCCCGACCACCGCCGCCAGCCGCUCCCGCACCCGCACACGCACACCAAGUGAGCGCCCGCGACUGCGCUGAUACCUGACUGUUGCAUCUCUAUUUAUAUUGCUUAAAAUGGAUCCGACGCUAAUUUGAUACGCGCUAUUUGGUGCACCACGAGAUUGUCAAUUGUUUUGUCGAAGGACGACGCGCGCAUAAAAACGUGCGUCCGUGUCGGUGAGAGGUCACGCACACACGCGAUGUUGAGGUAGUGCGGUUGCGUGUGUUGGGCGAUUUUAUGAAGCUUUGUCUAAAGCGGGUGCUCACUCACCGGUUCACUCGGUGUUUGUUCAUUUAUCGUCCGCCGUUGACACCGAGUACGAUACCGAGCCUCUGGCGAGGAGAGCGCAAUUUAAUCUCGUGUGGCUCCACCGUGAGCGCAGCGGUCCCGACUUGAGGCGUGGCGUUCCUCGUGCUCGUUCGAUGCGUUUCGAUAUUCGAAAUUCUGUAAUUGAUAAAGCGAGCCGUUAGAAAACUUGACGUGUAUUAUAUUAUAAACGUGUACGGUCCGCGUCGCGACAGAAUCGUUUUAAAGAAACGAACGUUCCAUAACUCACGAUAAUUUAAAAAAAUAUACCUCAUAUUUUGUAGCGUCUAACGAUUUAGCCUUUUGUAUGAUUGGCUUGUAUUAUAGUUUGUACGAGUUUAGUUCGUCUAAUGUUAACGAUGUUCGCUAAAGUCGCUUGACGUGCUUAGAAGGGUAUUUUUUUCUAUGCAAGUCUAACGCCAAUUAGGUAUAUGUAGCUAUAUACACUUGAAACAUUGAAUUAAUAUACUAAAAUUGUCUAUGACUAUCUGUUAAUCAUAAAUUCUAUUCUUUUUUUUUAAUUAAAAGUUUUCACUAACUGUGAUAUAAGCUUUGGUAUAUAAACUAAUACAUAAUUUCUUUUUAAAUUUAAUUAAAUAAUAUUCCGAACUAAGAAAUACAUAUGUACUAUUUAAAGGUAUCUAUGGUCAAUUUUAGUAUAUUGUUCGAUUUUCUUCUAUAUACAUAUGUGCAGGGUAUACUAAAUGCUAUGUAGAAGACGAGUAUCAGUAGAACGUGAGAAAUACUAAACGUAUAGAAUAUCCAAAGAUAAUUAAUUAGACGUCAUUACUACAAAUGUAGUUUGACGUUUUUGUAUGUACGGAUUUAGUGUAACAGGUUAAAAAUGUAAGUUCGAUGUUUUUAAUCGAGUACGUUAUUCGAUAUGAGUCGAAUAGAUAAAUCGAUUUAUUGUAUUAUUUUUUAAUUAAUGGUCUGGGUCUUUAUAUUUACAUUUUAUUUUUAUAAUUAGUUAUAAAAGAUUGAAGCAGUGUAAAUUGUAAAGGAAUUUACAUUAAUUUGUUAAAAUAUCGACACACAAAUAUUGUCUAGGAUUUUUAAAUCGUUUAUCUAAUAUGAAAAUCAUUUAUUAAUCCAAUUUUUUUUUGUUUUAACAUUCAUUCAUAAAUUGAAAAAAAAAAUAGUAACCGAAUGAUUUAAAUAAAUGAACGAAAUGAAUGUAAAGGAAUAUUGAAAUAUUCCAAUUAUUAAUAUUUGUAUAAUCUGGUUCUAUUGUACACAUUCUCUUAAUUACUUCGUUUAAUUUAAUUAAUGUUGCCAACACCAGUGCGAGGUAACAAGGAUUGUGUAUAAAAUAUCGUCAAUAUAAGCUAAAUAUCUAAUCGAAUCGUGAACGAAGCCUUCAGAGUUCGGUGUGAAUUUUCGACUGAACAACGAAUCUCCAAACAUUCUACAUGAGAAAUAGAUUCCCGCUGUGGGUUAGUGUAGAUAUGUACCGUUGUACGAAUUGGGCAUUUUGUAUUAAUAAUAAUAAUUGUAAAUCUUAUCGAUGUACUGUAAAAAUUAAUAAUUCUUGAUUGAAUUUGUGAUUUCUAUUAUUAUUUGAAUGUGAAGUAGGCUAACGAAUGUCAUUACACAUAUUAUUAACGACAUUGUUACAUUAAUAAUGUAUUAUAUAUUAAGACACGACUUUUGGAGAUGAAGGUUUUGAACAUACUUCUGACCUGUAUAUAUUUUUUACGUUAAAUAUAAUCUGAUAUAUUGAUUAUUUUUUAAUGUGUGGUUCGUGUACUUACAUACAGGCAGUACUGUAAAACGAAUGAAUUUAACAUUUAAUUCAAAAUUUCAUCAAAGAGGAUCUUGGUAACAUCUUUUAUUAAAUAGCAAAUUCUAUAAUCCGGUUCAAACUGGAACGGAUAAGUGACUUCAUUUAGUUUGCCCGACUUUUUACAAUCGGUAGGGUUUAAGAAAAAUUACUGUAAAAUGCAACUUUGAACCUGAGGACAGAAAACGGUUUACUAAUUUUUUAUUUUAUUUUAUCCGGGUAAACUUUAUUAAUUGCGGUCCAGACUAUCCAAUUCCGAUUUCUAAUGUAUAUAAUAUGAUAAACUAACAAUAUAAGCCUUCUUCACUCGAGAAGCAACUAAACGAGCUGAUUGUAAAGAGCUAUAUAUUAUAAUGGCAAAAAAGUAGUUUCCUUAAUUGUAGUUACAUUGUCCAUGAUACUACUAAGAUAAUAUGAAAAAUUUCGACCAAUUCGCUUCAACGGCCGAAACGAAGCCAUCGGAUAUGCGAUUAUAGUUCGUAUAACAAUAUCGGUGUUCGUUACAAUCUAUAAUAUAAUUAAAGAAACGACGAUCGUCUCAUUAGGUUUAAAAUCGCGUAUUCGUCACUGGCGACUCGUUCUAAGCUAGCAGGUGAUAUUUGAAUUGCACUUUUUGCAUAACACGAAAAUAAUAACUGUUGAUAUUAUUGUGUAUAGAUUUAUAUAAGUACGUUCUACAUAGGAUUUUCUUUUUGUAAUAUGUAAUAAUAAUAAUAAGCUAAUUUAGAUUGUAUAGCGAAUGGAUAAUUUAUUGGUAGGUAUUUAUUGUUUUUUUUUCUAUGAUUUGGUUAAUUAUUUUAUAGAAUUUGGUUUAUGGUUUUUUUUUAAUUGUAUUUUAUUUAAUGAGGCCUAAAUUGAAGCCUAUUAUUUGGGCCUAAAUGUUUGUAUGAUUGACGAAAUGAUUUUUUAUGAUGCAACAAUAAACGUGUAUUAUCGAAUCGAA